GCUCCCGGGAGCAGCAGCGGGGCCAGGGGACGAUGGUCUCUGUGACAAUGGCCACUUCCGAGUGGAUUCAGUUCUUCAAGGAAGCCGGCAUCCCUCCGGGCCCUGCUGUCAACUACGCUGUGAUGUUCGUGGAUAACAGGAUCCAGAAGAGCAUGCUGCUGGACCUCAACAAGGAAAUCAUGAAUGAGCUGGGUGUGACCGUGAUCGGCGACAUUAUUGCCAUCCUCAAGCAUGCCAAAGUGGUGCACCGCCAGGACAUGUGCAAAGCGGCCACUGAGUCUGUGCCCUGCAGUACCAGCUCUCUCCCGGGUGACAGUCGCCGUGGCGCCUCUAGUGCUGCCUCCCGGAUGAUCGCCAACAGCCUGCACCGCGACUCCCCGGCCGGGACACCCCCACGGCGGCCGGACACCAGCACCUCCAAGAUCUCCGUCACUGUCUCCAACAAGAUGGCCAGGAGCGCCAAGGCUGCUGCCCAGGCCCGGCGGGAGGAGAGCUUGGCCGGUCCCACCAAGCGGCGACGGGUCACAGCAGAGAUGGAGGGAAAGUACAUCAUCAACAUGCCCAAGGGCACCACCCCACGCACCCGCAAGAUCCUGGAGCAGCAGGCGGCGAAAGGCCCUCAGCGCACGUCUGUGUUUGACCGUCUGGGUGCAGAGACCAAGGCGGACACCACGACGGGGAGUAAGCCCACGGGGGUCUUCAGCCGCCUGGGGGCCCAGGAGGCCGACGAGGAUGCGGCCUGGGACAGCGACAGGGACAGCACUAGCUCCGUACUGCAGUAUGCCGGGGUGCUGAAGACGCUGAGCCGUGGCGCCGCCAAAGAGUCCCCGCUGCCUGUCAAGGCCAAGGCCACCAGCUCCGCCCCCGCGGCCCCUGCGCCCACUGCCCCGAGGCGCCUGACACUCCCGGCCCGCACCGGACUGGCCCGGAAGCCAGACUCACUGCCCAAGGUCAGCGUUGUGCAGAGACUGGGCAAGGCUGCCCUCGUGCCCGAGGCCCAGGACAGCCAGGUCACCAGCACCAAGAGCCCGACUGUCCGCUGUGUCCUGCGCGACCCUCCUGCACUGGCGGCCUCCCAGCGGCCCCCGCGGCGACGGUGGCGUCCGGCUGGUGGAGACCGUUAGAGGGGUGCCCCGACUCUGCCUCCCUGUCUCCUCCCCCGUUCCCUCUCCCUCUGUUCCUCCUUUCCUCCCUCCCUCCCCCUUUCUCUCUCCCUCACUCUCCUCUCUCUCCCUCUCUCUCUCCUUUCUCCCCCUCUCCUUCCCUUUCUCCUCCCCUGUCCUUCUCUCCCCUUUUCUCCCUCCUUCUCUCCCUCCCCUCUCUCCUUCCCCUUUCCUUCCCCCCUUCCCUUUCUUUCUCCCUCCAUCUCUCCCUGUUUCUCCCCCUCUCUCACCUCUCUCCCUCUCUCUUCUCCUCCCUCUGUUCGCUCCCUCUCCCUCUUCCUCUCUCCCUCCUCUUCCUCCUUUUCUCUUUCUCAACCUUCUCCCAUGGUGGGAGGCAGGCUGGGGGUGCCCCCCCAGAGUCUCCAAUAGAUUUUUGUGACUUUGAAACCGCUUCCCGCCCCUCCUUGAGGGAGUCUCAGAUUGGGGUCCCAGAACUGGGGAGGGGGUUCAGCUCCCAAAGGUCCCUCCUUGCACCCAGCUAAGGGCUGCAUCUGCCCAGCCCUGAGUCAGGAGGGAUAACGUGGCAGUGGUCACCCCUCAUCACCAUUCUGCCCCCUGGGGAGACCCC